GCGCGCCUCCUUCACCCAAGGUUGUCCGAGCUCCGCAGCCAGGCCUCGGUCGGUCCACACCAGAGUUUUAGGGGACCGUUGCUGAACGGAUAUCGCCUUACAUCAAUGAGGAAAAGUUAGAGAGGAAGUAGGUUGUGUGGACAGAGCUUGCUGCAGGAGAAGGACUUGGGCGGGCCCCUAGAGAUCCAGACGUUCGUCGGAUGAACCUGAGGCGGGGAGGAGCGUCACCCAGUAUUCUGCGGCUCUGUUGGAUCUCACCUCAGGUUUCUUAACAGCGUGUUCCGUGAGCCCGUUUACGAAAUGAAGUCUCCUUUCCUGAGAACCAGGAAGUCAGGCCAGCGCCUGGCAGGGACAGCUUUCCGAGCCUUCUGUCCAUUCUAAUUAGCUUGUUUCUCUGGCUUCCAAGUCUCCAGGCAAUUCAAAGUGGAGAGGGGUUGGAGGGUCAGGAACAGAAGAUGAGUAAACCCGUAACAUCAUCAACGUACGUGCGCAGCCUCAACCUUGGGCUAAUUAGGAAGCUGUCAGAUUUUAUUGAUCCUCAAGAAGGGUGGAAGAAGUUAGCCGUAGCUAUUAAAAAACCAUCGGGUGAUGAUAGAUACAAUCAGUUUCAUAUAAGGAGAUUUGAAGCAUUACUCCAAACUGGAAAAAGUCCCACCUGUGAAUUACUCUUUGACUGGGGCACCACAAAUUGCACAGUUGGUGAUCUUGUGGAUCUUUUGGUCCAAAAUGAGUUUUUUGCUCCUGCAAGUCUUUUGCUCCCAGAUGCUAUUCCCAAAACGGUUAACAUGCUGCCUUCUAAAGAAGCCGCAACUGUUGAGCAGAUGCAUUUGCCUUUCUAUGACAAAGACAGGACCUCUGUGAGGCCUGUGCAGAAUCCUGACCAAAACUUUAUGCUACCUGACUCCUCAAGUCCAGACAAUGCAAGCGUAGAAGUUAGUGAUACACGUUUUCACAGUUUUUCAUUUUAUGAACUGAAGAAUGUCACAAAUAACUUUGAUGAACGACCCAUAUCUGUCGGUGGUAAUAAAAUGGGAGAGGGAGGAUUUGGAGUUGUGUAUAAAGGCUACGUGAACAACACAACUGUGGCUGUGAAGAAACUGGCAGCAAUGGUUGACAUUAGUACGGAAGAACUAAAACAACAGUUUGAUCAAGAAAUAAAAGUAAUGGCAAAGUGUCAACAUGAAAACUUAGUAGAACUACUUGGUUUCUCAAGCGAAGGAGAUGAUUUCUGCUUGGUCUAUGUUUAUAUGUCCAAUGGUUCACUGCUAGACAGACUGUCUUGCCUGGAUGGUACCCCACCACUUACUUGGCACAUGAGAUGCAAGAUUGCUGAGGGUGCAGCUAAUGGCAUCAGUUUUCUACACGAAAACCAUCAUAUACACAGAGAUAUUAAAAGUGCAAAUAUCUUAUUAGACGAAGCUUUUACUGCCAAAAUAUCUGACUUUGGACUUGCACGAGCUUCUGAGAAGUUUUCCCAGACAGUCAUGACUAGCAGAAUCAUGGGAACAACAGCAUAUAUGGCACCCGAAGCUUUGCGAGGAGAAAUAACACCCAAAUCUGACAUUUACAGCUUCGGUGUGGUUUUACUGGAAAUAAUAACUGGACUUCCAGCUGUGGAUGAACACCGCGACCCUCAGUUACUGCUAGAUAUUAAAGAAGAAAUUGAAGACGAAGAAAAGACAAUUGAAGAUUAUGUUGAUACAAAGAUGAAUGAUGCUGACUCUACUUCAGUUGAAGCUAUGUACUCUAUUUCUAGUCAAUGUCUGCAUGAAAAGAAAAAUAAGAGACCAGAUAUUAAGAAGGUUCAACAGCUGCUGCAAGAGAUGACAACUUCUUAGUACUUUAUUGGAACAUAUUUUUUACUUUUUAUGUAUAGCUAUAUGAACUGCUUUUUAAACUAUUUUUUUCUGAACAUUCUUUACCUUUACUUACCAAGGGAGCCUGGUGCAAUGCAGUGGUUAUUAAAGCAUGGGUUGAACCCCAACACAUAAAACAAAUAAAAGCAGAGCCACCAUGUCAAAACUUGACUCUACCCACUUAAUACUACCCUCAGUUCAUGAAGUAAUUCCUGAAACAUCUCCUAUGAACAUUAUCAAACACUGUUUGAAAACUAUAUGAUUAGUGAAAAGAAAACAGGCUAUAGGAUGAAAAGACCCUGGUCUGAAGCCAACUGACUCUACUAUUAAUUAGCUGUAAAGCUUUGGGCAAACUCUUAGCAGCUGUGAGCUUUGGUUUUUUCACUUAUAACAUUGGACUAAUGUCUGCUGAGCCUCUCUGAUCGGUAGUCAUAAAAAUCAAAUGAUGCGGAAUAUAUACAAGCCCUUUGCAAAUUGUAAAGUACAUAAAAUUUAAAGUUUAUACAUACUAUUAUAAAGUCCUGUUAUAGCAGUAUGUUUAUAGAAUCAUGUUUACAGUAUGUUAUUUUAAGCAAUCAUUCAUUACAAACCAAAUAUCCCUUAAUGAUACUGCUAAUGAUAAUGCUAUGUAUGAAGGAAUUUUGCAGAUGUAAUUAAGGUUCCUAAUCAACUGAUUUUGAGUAUCAAAAGGGACACUGUUGAGUAGACCUGACUUAAUGAGGUGAACACUUGCAAGAGUCCAGAGAGCUUCUCCUGUGGGCCUUGAAGAAGUACCAUGUUGUGAGAAGGCCACAUUGGCUAAAUCCUACAGGUGGGAGAUAAAAAUCACCCUCUAGCUGUCAAUAAGCAAGAAAAAAAAAAAAUGGGACCUCAGUUGUACAACCACAAGGAAUUGAAUUCUACCAACAACCUGAAUGAACUUAGAUGAAUACUCCAAGCUUCAGUAACAACCACACUCUGAGCUGAUGCUUAGAUCUCAGCUUUGCAAGACCCUCCAUGUGAGAAUCUAUCUGAGUUGUGCCUGGACUUCUGACUUAUAAAACUGUGAGAUGAGAACAAAUGGGGUUGCACUGAGCCACUAAGUUUAUGGUAAGUUAUUAUGCAGCAAUGGAAAAUGAAUACAGAUUACUCCCAUGAUGAUUUCACAUGUUAUUUACAAGUUCUGCCCACACCCAAGGGGUGUAUAGAAAUUGUAUAGAGUAUGAACUUCAGGAAAUUCUAGUGUACAUACUGAGUUUCAAUAGAUUUCUCUUUCCAUCGGUCCCUAGUCUUUGUAGUUUGUUUAUUGUUUGUUUUACUAUAGUGAGAGACCUCUGGAUAGUGGCAAAUUAAUUUUUAAUUAUUUCUUUUAAACCAAUAUUCUUCGACUAAUAUAAGUUUAUAUUAGUCAAAAAUACAUUUUACAGCUUUGAGUAAGAAGAAAGGAAUUAAUUUAAGGAUAAAAUUUAAUUGAUAGAACAACUACUGUGCAUAGAAGGAAUACUUAUGUUUACAGUUAUUCAUUCAUUCAAUAAUCUUUGUAUCAUUAAUUCUUUAAUGAACCCAGAACCAGAAUAGGUAGAGUGAGCGAUAGCCGAAGAGAGUCACCUUCUAUCAGGUGGUGUGUCCAACCUGUGGCCUGUGGGCUGCAUGUAAAUUAUGUGUUUUCUUAUCUGUGGUGGCAAAUAAUCACAAAAAUUAUGCACAAACCUUUUUUUCUCUCAUCAGUUUUCAUAGUGUUUAUGUAUUUAAUGUGUGGCCUAAGAUGACAAUUUUUCUUCCAAUAUGGCACAGAUAGAGAAGCCAAAAGAUUGAACACCCCUGGUAGACUGUCCUAAAUGCUUUCCUAGGAAACUACGAUAGUAGAUCUUUAAAAUCAUCUUUAUAAAUUAAAUAUUUAUGCACAAAGAAAUACUUGCUAGUUGAAGAGGAAAAAGGAAAACAAAUAAAAUGACUUAGCUCAAAUUAAUCUCAUAGUUCUCACAGGAACCCACAUAAUUUGAGAUACAGUAGGGUUUACAAUACUUAUGAUAAUUAUUUUAAAAUGCAAUGAUUAUUAAAUAAAUACAUAUAUGUACAAUA